AUCUCAGUAUGAUCAUCUACAGAGUGGAGUCUCCCCUGAGGACAGCCACGUCUAUGUGAUGUAUCAUGGAACAUCAAAACAGAUUGCUGUGGAUAUACAGAGAAAUGGAUUCAAACCUUCCAAAGAUGGCAUGCUUGGUGCCGGUGUUUACCUCAGUCGAGACAUUCGAAAAGUCAUUAGAUACCCCCUCGACACCCCAUUGAUGACCAUUCCUGACUCUGAUAGGAUGGUUCUGAAAGUAAAGGUGGAUGUAGGCAGAGUUAAGGUGAUAAAAAGGCAGAGACACCCCAUGCAGAAGACCUGGCACACUGAGCAUGGCUUUGACACUGCCUGGGUUCCACCUAAUGUUGGCAUGGUGCCGAGCAACCAAGAGGAGGACUGUGUCUACGACCCAAAGAGAAUCAAAGUGUUGGCAAUGCUGAAAGUGCCCAACUUAAAGAAUGUAAACCCAUGGUUGAACAAUCCACUGCAAAACUGAUGGUGUUCUGCAUUCAGAGGGAGCAUCAACUCAUGGUCAUCAGAAGAGGAUGGUGUCGGGUUCACCUAGGGGUCAUGAUUGGGGCUGUACCAAAUUAUUUAUGUAUUACAAUAAUUUAUUAUGCUAAUGUUGUAUUAAUAGAAGGGGAGGGGUUAUGAGACCCCUCCCUCUUUACAUUUAUAGGGUCCUAGACUACCGAUUAACAAUAUAUUUACACAUUGAGAUUUUAAUGCUCUCUCUCUCUCUUUAUUUAUUUAUUUAUAUAUAUAAAGAGACCCCUCUGAGACAGAACUCUGCAGGGGAGUGUAGGAGAUAAGACUACACAGACAUUCCACUAUAAAUCAACUUGGACAAAUUUACUGCUAAGCUUUUAGAUAACACACUAAAAGGAUUGUUUAUAUAGCUUUGUAGGCAUGGUUUUGGUCUCAUGAGUAAAAGGUAAUGACGUAGGCAGUGACAUCACUAAAGGCUGGACUUUGGGUUUGAUAAAGUAACAUGGGACCAUUUUGUUUGAUGCAGAACUUACUGGGAAACAUGCGCUAUGUUCCUGAUUGUCAACUUCUGUCUGCAAUUGCAUUAAUAAAGGUUUUUGAAUGAUUUAAUUAAA